CAGCAACCUCCUCGUGGUGAGACCUGGGUCGGCAUUUUCCUUGGAAUAGAAUAUUAUAUUCUACAAUAUUAAUAUUUUAUUCCAUAUCAAGGAUUAUACCGAGCUAAUAGCUGUGAAUUUAACUCUUCACACCUAAAGGCGAACGAUCCGGAAGAUCUCGAUUCAGAUGUCGGACGUGCACGCCACAUGGACUUCAGCUCGUAAAUAUCGUUUUGGCACAGACGGUAAAAUAGUUCUCGCAUCUUCUGUUCUCCACGAGACGCCGGGACGUAACACUGGAUAUCCAACGUUAAUUCACAAACUUAUGCACACCGCUGAACACCCGAAGAGAUAUCGUUUGUCUACCAGUUUAAGCGUUUUGCCACGGAUGGCACUACCAGUUAAAAACGCAGAUUUUCGAAAGCAGAUCAUUCUUGCCGCCAUGUACAUUACAUGGAAUGCCCAGAACGAAUUCGGAAGAGUUAAAUGUUUUCCUGCUUGAGCUUAAGCUAAUUUAAAAGAGACAUAUUUCUAUCUUAAACUAUACAUGGAGAGGCCGUGUAUGCAGAAUUACCAGACUAAAAGAGAAAAAGGAAGUGAAUCAAGGAAAAAGUCCUUGAUUCCAAUGAGAUGAGUCAGAGAAGAUUCCGCGGUGACAGGAACUCAGGCCUAAGCCCAU